UUAAACCAGAACAUGGUCCAGGAAUAGUCAAAACUUUGCAUCGAGACCAUCUAUUGCCCAUAGGUUACUUGGUCAGGAUGUCUAACCCCCCAGAUGUUGCAGGAACGACUCAGAGACCUGUCACCAGAUCACAACAUCCCCGGCCAUGUCCAAGAACUAAGCUUACUGAUCCAGUUGAAGAAAGUGACACUGUGUCAACAGAUACAGAAUUUGAUACUGUCCAGAAUCCUCAAGGUUUUGUUGUGGAUGAGGUCAGGAAACAAAACGCAUCACCAAAGCAAGAGUCACAAGAGACUGAGAACCGUGGAAGUUCUGAAGAGGAGGAAAGCUCUGGAGAAGACAGUGAAGGCUCUGGAGAGGAGGAAAUUCAACCAGUUAUAGAAUCAGAGAGUGAAGGAUCUUUCAUAGAUGAUACAUCUGCUGUGAUGGAUUCUGAUGCCCAAGAGACAAAUUAUGAUUCGGUAGAAGAUCAGGUUUUAGAAGGGAGAGCAAGCUCACCCUUUUCAACCCAAGUCAGAAGUGAAAGAUCAGUUAAAAGUACAAGAAAUGGGAGUGAAAAGUCCUCCGCUGUCCGAAGAUCUCAGAGAGAACCAAAACCAGCCAUUAGAUUGACCUAUGACAAACCUGGUUACCCAUCUAGUGAGCCAGUGACCAUAAUGCAUCAUGGUAUGGUCAUUCAACUCAAGCUAAACCCACCAGAUCAAACUGGCCCUGAACUGAGACAGAAUCCUAGAACGUCCAAAAGGAUGUCAGGGAACAAACGAAAGAGCACAUGUCGAAGUGAGGAAAAGUGUGAUGAGGACAUCUACACAUUCAGAAGGGGGAGGGUGUAGCCCUGUCUAAAGUCACUGACUACAGUAUAUAAAAUCAGUAACAUAUGUAAAUAGUUGUAGGAUACACCAAAAGUUCAUGAUAUUAAAACUGGUUAGAAGGUGCAUUAGAUACAUUUGAAUAAAUGACAUAUGUACUGUUUAAAAGUUAAGCUACACAUUUCUAAAAUGUGCCAUGGUCCUUUAAAAUCCCGAACUUAGGAGAAUAUGAGUUUGUUUGAGCAAAAAGUCUGUGCAAUCUAACCUGUUAACAAUUUAAUGUCAGUCAGUUUGUUUUAAGUAUUGCUAUUGGAUUUUACUGAAGUAACAGCCAAUCCCAAGAUGUUUCCUGGAAAAAGGGGGCAGAACAAGUGACGUGAGCCAGAGUGUAGUUUGCCAGAAGUCCUGAGGGUGAGAGGAAAAGAGUCAAUCGGUGUAACAGAGCGUGCUUCAGGUUUUAUCUGCACGGUCGACUAUUCGUGGGCCUGAUAAUAACUUGUUUGUAACUUAAAGGAGACGUGGAGAGAGAGGUUUGGAGCGGUUGUCCCAGUCUUCCCAGUGGAUGGACUCUGCUGUUUGUCCUGGUGCUGUUU